AUGGCAGAAGAAGUGAAGGUUUUCAGGACAUGGUCAAGUCCAUUUGCCCUGAGGAUAGUUUGGGCACUGAAACUUAAGGGCAUAGAAUUUGAGACCACAUUUGAGGAUCUUGACAACAAGAGCCCUCUCCUCCUCCAGUACAAUCCUGUUCACAAACAAGUUCCAGUGCUUGUGCACAAUGGAAAGCCAAUAUUAGAAUCACUUUUAGUUCUGGAGUAUAUCGAAGUCGCAUGGAAGCAAAAUCCCUUACUACCUGAAGAUCCCUAUGAGAAAGCUACAGCACGUUUCUGGGCAAAAUUCAAUGAUGAAAAGCUUUUACCUUCAGUAUGGCAGGCUUUCAUUAAACAAGGAACAGAGCAAGAGGAGGCAAUUGUUCCAGCUAUGGAGAACCUGAAAUUGGUAGAAGAGCAGCUGAAGGGGAAGAUUUUCUUUGGUGGAGAGAAAAUCGGUUUUUUGGAUCUAGCAUUUGGUUGGAUAGCUAAUUUCAUUAGUGUCCUACAAGAGGUAACUGGUCUAAAGGUGAUUGACUCGGAGAAAUUUUCACUGUUAUCAGCAUGGAUGGAGAAGUUUUCAGAUGAUCCAGUAAUCAAUGAAUGCAGGCAACCUCAAGACAGGAUAAGCCCCAAGUUCAAAGCAAUGCAUGAGGCAUACCUUGCGGCGGCUGCACCUAAAUGAUCCACUUUCUCAAGCUAUUUCAAAACCUUGAAGUAGGACUUUCAAUGGAUUGUGUCGUGUUUUUUUCCCUGAUCUUACAUUUCCACAUAAAUCUGUGUUCUUGUGGUGUUUGUGUUUUUGAGUCUUAGUUUUCUCGUUCUCUUGUUAUCACCUAUUGGAUGGAAGUUAAUUCCUAGCAGAGGGCUCGUAGAAUUGUUUGAACAAAGAUCCAAUGAUAAACCUCCCCACUAAAGAUGAUGUGCUUCAGUGUGUGCACGUACCUUGAAGGACUUUACUUGAAAUUAUGCAAGAGGGUCCUAUCUUUGGUGUUUUCAAAGAAUAAAUGGCACGAUAAUCUCAUUAUCCAACAAGUUUGAGUGAGCACCACAGGUUCUAUUUUCCCCGAGUGAUUUAGCAACAAAAUGAUUUAUAUUGCACAAUGCACAUUCUGUUUAUUUGCUUUUUCUGAUCUCCAUUAGUGCCAUUUAAACUUAAUGUUGUUACAUACAGCAUGGAAAAGCAUAACAUUUUGGUAUGAUAAGACAAGUUUAAGCAUCAACAUUGUUCAUUGUUAAAGUCCUAGUAGACUCCAGAUACACUGAUAAGGCAUGUUUUGAACAAGAUCAAAAUUUCAUCUCGGUGUAUUGUUUCGGUCACCAAAGAAGUGGAAACGUUUC